ACAGCGGCGCUGCCCGCGCCUCAGCCCGGCCGAGGAGGACGAGGGCGACGAGGAAGAGGAGGAGGAGGAGAAGGGGCCGCCGCGGGCCGCCCGCCCGCCAUGGAGGGGGCCGCGGAGGGCGAGCGCCGCUGCGAGGCGGCCUUCGCCGAAGCCCGGCGCUGGGUCGAGACGGUUACUGGGAAAAGCUUUGGAACAGAAGACUUCCGAGCAGCUCUAGAAAAUGGAGUCCUGUUGUGUGAUUUGAUUAACAAGAUCAAACCUGGCAUCAUUAAGAAGAUUAAUCGCCUAUCAACUCCAAUAGCUGGCUUGGAUAAUAUAAACGUUUUUCUGAAAGCUUGCGAAAAUAUCGGACUGAGAGAAGCUCAGCUCUUUCAUCCAGGGGAUCUUCAGGAUUUGUCCAGUCGAGUUACAGUCAAACCAGAGGAGACUGAUAGAAGAGUGAAAAAUGUUCUGAUUACAUUGUACUGGCUUGGGAGAAAAGCACAAAGUAACCCUCAUUAUAAUGGUCCAUACCUCAAUCUUAAAGCAUUUGAGAAGUUAUUAGGGCAAGCUUUGACUAAGGCACUCGAAGAGUCCAGCCAUCUGAGCAGAAGUGGCAGGGAUAGUGGAUACGGUGAUAUUUGGUACAUUGACCGAGGAGAGCCUUUUUCAUCUUCAACUAGCCAUAAAAGAGACGACUCCUUUGACAGCUUGGACUCUUUUGGUUCAAGAUCUUCUACAAGCUUUUCAUCAGAUAUAACCUUGAAAGGUGGCAGUGAAGAUUGUGAAAGCGACACAGACUCUGAACUGCCUUUCAAAAUGCAUGACUCUCAUAAAGAUGACAGGUCCUACCGCAGGAUUGCUGUGAUUGAACCGAAACCUACCACUGACUUCAAUCGCUUCUUACCCAACAAAAACAAGCAGGCAACGUAUGUGCCAGCACCCUUAAGGAAAAAGAGGACAGAGAAAAAUGAGGACAACAGAAGGAACUGGGCAAGUUCUGUCUACACUGAAUCAGAUGGAACAUUUUCAAGUAACCAGAGGAGGCAGAGGCUGUUGGAUACUAAAGUUGAAAACAAGGCAAGAGCUAACAUUCCUUCACAAUUAUCUGGGUAUUUUGAUGAGGACGAAGAAGAAGCAAUAGGCAUCCCAAACAUUGAAAAAGAUGAUCUCUAUUUUCGCAAGCUAAAUUCUUCAACGUCAAACACAGUCGUUUCUUUUGACAAAUUUCUUCCUAAGUUCUGGACUCCAGAAGAAGAAUUGCUGUGGAAAAAAAUCAGGAAAUCCUCUUUCAAACCCUGGUAUAAAGAGAUUCAAGGGUUCAGUCAGUUUUCGUUACUUCAGGCUCUACAAAAAUACUCUGACUACUUGUCUUCUGAAACAAAGACCAAAAUCGAUCCUACUUCUGGCCCUAGGCUCAUAAAAUGUAGAAAGAAUAUUUCCUUUGUACCAGGAUGCAAACAAGGAGACGACGAAAAUGGAUAUCUGUAUCCAGAUUUAGAAAAUGAUGACCUGUUUGUUCGGAAAACAGGGGCUUUCCAUGUGAAUCAAGUUGUUCUCCAAGACCCUGAGUAUUUUAAAAAAUUCUCUGAGCAGGAAUCUCCCCUAGAGGGUGAAAUAAUUCUGCAACCCAGAGAAGGUCAACCUGUGAUUCCAGAUUUGGAAAAAGAUGAUAUGAUUUUUCGAAAAAUCAUCUCUCAGAAAAAAGAGGUGCCUCUAUCAGGUGCUCCAGACAAAUAUCACCCUGCCCUCUUUCCUGACCCUUGGAGUCUUCCAGAGGACAUUCGGUCCAAAUUUUUGUGUUUACUUGAAAAAAGCACGACACCGGAGGAAAGAAAGAGCAAUGGUAGGGUGUUGUCACCGUCUUCUCGACAUAAGAAGGACGAUAUGUUGACUCGCAAAAUUGAAUCGUGGAAAGUGGGAUGCAACAUACAGCCAGUAAACUUUAUCCCGGGUCCAUGCAGUGAAGAAGACUGGAAGAAGUGGGAGGCCAUCAGGGAAGCCAGCCAAAUUAGGCACAAGAAACGGCAGAUGGUGGAGAGACUGUUUCAAAAGCUUUCUGAUGAGCAAGGGAGUAAAUCUUUGAAUGAUGUCAGUGCGGAUGAAUUGCAAUCCUUGCGCAAAAUUCGCUAUGAAGAGCUACAGAGGAUAAAAAACGAGUUACAAGAACAAGAUCUGAAGUGGCAAGAAGAUCUAGCAAAAUGGAAGAAUCGUAGGAAAAGCUUCACUUCUGAAUUGCAAAAGAAAAAGGAAGAGAGAGAAGAAAUAGAAAGGAGAGCCUCCGAGGUUUCUGAAAGAAGUAGCAAGUCACUGAAAGAAAUGCAGGAGGAGAGGGAGAACAAGGAUCAAGGAACCUCCAGUAAGCAAAAACUGGAACACAGAUGGAUGUACUCGUUAAACGAUGAUGUUUUUAGUGAUGAAAAAGCACCUUCUGCACAGUCAGCAACAAAAGAUUACCUUUUUGAAAAAGAUACUUCCUACAGCACUAAGGACAGCAAAUCUCCAUAUACUGUACAAAGUAGCAAAGAGAAUUUGCAGAAGCCGCUGAGCAGUACAGCAAUUGACACUCAAAUUCCAGCAAAGAGCCUGUCAGAAGAGCAGAGCUCAGCUCUUUUGUCUACUCGCCACUCAGUGAAUACUCAAAUUGGGUCAGCUCGGGUUUCAGCUUCUCUCCCUAGAAGUUACCAGAAAACUGAUACCUCUAGGUUAACAUCUGUGGUUACACCAAGACCUUUUGGUGUCCACUCAAGAGGAAUCUCAUCGCUACCACGAUCGUUCACGAUGGAUGAUGCUCAGAAAUAUAAUGGAGAAGCAGAAAAAACUAAAAGAGCUCAAACUUUGUUCACUAGCAGUUCAUUUUCACAACCAGACUCAGUGCACCCUCUUUCUACUAUUGCACUCAGAAGCAGAGGUGAGGAGGAGGAGAAAGAAGGUGUUAAGACAACACCUACUCCUAGUUUGAUAGUAUCUGUUAAAUCCCAAGACCAAGAUGCUGCCGGAAGCUGUAUUCUUAAAUCAGAUUAUCGUUCUCCUGAUUCCAUUUCGCUUGCAUCUUCUACAGAAAAUGAGAGUCUGCCAGAGCCUGAGGAUUCUAAAACCCAGGAACAGUACAGUGAAAUGAGAAUCAGUAUAAACCAGAGACCUGGCCACAGUCGCAACUUUGGGUUUACAACAAACUGGAAUUCUUCAGGGGCCUUUGUACAGACGGUUGAAGAAGGUAGCCCUGCAGCACUUGGUCAGCUGCAUGUAGAUGAUGAGAUCAUUGCUAUCAAUGGCACAAAGGUUUCACAUAUGGACUACAGUCAGUGGGAAGAAGCCAUCACCAGAGCACUAGAAACUGGAAACCUGGUCAUGGAUGUCAGACGAUAUGGAAAGAAUGGUACAUCUGAAAAUAAAUGGAUUGAUGCAACUUCUGGAGAACAAGUUUCCAACCUUUCAACCGUAUCACCAAAAAGAGAUUUCUCCAGCAGCCUGCAAAGUUCUGAUACAGAAACAAAAUUGAUAAAUGGGAUGCAAGGAGAUCUUGGCUCUAAUGAACAAAGAGCAUCUGAACCUAUUUCUUUGAAAAACUUAAAAAGACGGUCACAAUUUUUUGAACAAGGAGGCCCAGAGACAGCAAUGCCUGAUCUCCCAGUCCCGUCAAUUAGUGCUCCUGCUCGUCGUGUUUGGGAUCAAGAGGAAGAACGAAAACGACAAGAAAAAUGGCAAAAGGAGCAAGAGCGUUUACUGCAGGAGAAAUACCAACGGGAACAAGAAAAACUGAGGGAAGAAUGGCUACGAGCUAAGCAGGAAGCAGAAAGAGAGAGCUCCAAAUACUUAGAUGAGGAGCAGACGGUUCUAAACACAAUGUCUGUCCCUGCACUGACUCCAUCAGUGUCCAGCUGGAGGGCAAGCACUGGAACAAGUGCCCCUGACAAUGCAGAAGGAGAUGGAGGAAGUGAGUCAGUGGCACGCUUGCUGCAUGAGGAAGAAAAAGAACAACAGAGGAGGCUCCAGGAGGAGCAGCGGAUCCAGAAAGAAGCAGCCCUCCGUUUUCAGCGAGAAAGGGAGUUCCAGGAGCAGGAGCUAGAGAGACAACGUAAAGAGCAGGAACAGCAAUAUGCUGAGGAGCAGAAGCGGCGCACGGAGAUGGAGAAGCAGAAGCAGCACACAGAAAGGCAGAGGGAAGGAUCAGUGGAGAUGCCUCAGUACCAAAGACAUUAUGAGCGCUAUGAAGUAUCUAAAACAAUAGAGGAGCGAUCUGGCCAUCCUCUCAUUGACAGGCAUUAUGAGCGUUAUGAGGUAUCUAAAACCAGUGAGGAGCAACCUGAUCAGUCAUUUGCUGACAGGAAUAAGUCAAAAUCAACAUCAGAACUGGAUGAAGUCACAACAAACAGAAAUGUAGGUACUCUCAGCAAACAUUCAGAAAGGUCCUGGAACACUAGUGAGUCACAGAAGGGGUCUCAGAAGGAGCAUGCUCUGUCUGCAGCAGAGCUGGAGAGACAACAAAUCCUUCAGGAAAUGAGAAAGAAAACAUCUCUUCAUACGGACAGCAGCUGGAUUAGGCAGCGCAGUUCCAGUGUACAUAAGGAGCCUAUUAGUCUGUACGGCAAUAGUAUGAGGAGGGGUGAGUCUUUGGACAAUCUCGAUUCUUCAAGAACAAGUUCAUGGAGGCAUCAUUCGUGGCUGAAUCAGUCUGCAUCCUCCUCAUCUCUGUCAUCUAGUCAAGAUUUCAGUCGCCCAGUGUCCACUUCAAACCGAGCCUACAUGCGCACUCCUUCCUCUAACAAAGCACCUCCUUCGGCCAGCUCUGCGAGAGCCCCGUCUCUCUCCCAGACUGUCCCCCAGGCUCAGUCACCCAUCUCUGCUUCCCAGCCAGGGUCGCAGAUGCACAGUAGGUCGGUCAGUGGGAAGAAAAUCUGUUCAUACUGUAAUAACGUUCUGGGCAAAGGAGCAGCCAUGAUCAUUGAGUCUCUCGGUCUUUGUUAUCAUUUACAUUGCUUUAAGUGUGUUGCCUGUGGAUGUGACCUCGGGGGAUCCCGCUCUGGAGCUGAAGUCAGGAUCCGAAACAACGAGCUCUUCUGCAACGACUGCUAUAUCAGAUUUAAAACUGGACAUCCAACCUCCAUGUGAAGCAAAUGUAGAUAUGAAACCACUGUUGCAGAUAGAAGAAGUGAUUGCUGCUGAUGUAGAUCUAUAAAUAUAUAUAUUGUGUGUAUGUGUGUUUUUCUAAGAGUAACUCUUUUGCUUGUCUAGUCUUCAUAGCAAUGCAUUAUAUCCUUCAUGUAACUGUAUUUUUAUUUAUGAGAAAGUAAUUGCAGUAAGGAAAUGUCUGAGGAAAAUGCUUUCACUUUUCAGCUUCAAUUAUUUGAAAGAACAAGGGAGAAUAAAUAUAUUUUCACUAAUAACUUCAAAAUAUUUUUGAGGCUUAUAAUCAACUAGCUGACUUUCCAAUGGUAUAUGAAGAGGGUAUUUUGUUUCUGAGCUCUUGAAAUGAGCAUUAGAGAAAUAGUUAAUAUAAAUAUAUAUUUGCAAUGGCUAUCUUUAUUUUUGACAUAUUCUGAAAGUGAAUUCUCUAGGUUAAUAUGAAACUACACUUAUAUGCACAGAAUGUGUUUGCUUUUCAUAUGGUGUUUUCUAAAAUUAAGUGCUUUUUGAAAGUUAAAUACAAAGUAUAAUCUGUUUGCUCAGUGGUAAUGGCGUAAUAGUCUGUGAAAUCCAUUGAAGGGGAAGAGUUCCCUUUUCUUCCCAUUUGAAAAAUGUAACUAUCACUUUCUUCCACAGACUGAGUGGAGGAUGGCUGUUGAAUUACAGUAUAUUUGUAAAUAAAUUUUUCUGAUAGUGCA